AUGCCGACCUCUUCGAAUUCCUCCCCUGUUAAGCGCCCGGGCCUAGGCCGCCGUGCUGUCUCCUCUCACGCCGUUGUCACGCGGUCCACCUCUUCCUCAACGCAGGGCGAGCUCUCUCAUUCUCACACCUCUCAUACCACUCAUAAGGCCCCUGCGCAUCGACCUCAUCGAGCCCACGUUGUCGGUGGUGGUCAUCGCAGCCACGGCCGGAAUCCAUCCCUCGGCAAUAAACUAAACAAGCUACAACGCCAUCUUUCGACUGGUCAAAUCGAGCCAAGUGCACGGUUCCAUCAACGCAAGAAGUCCGCUCCCGUAACACCCGCUGCAAGCCCGCCCCGCCCACACGUUCGGUGGGAUGGAGCGGUUGACGAGACCUCCCAUCAUACAGCAGCUUCUAUGAAGAAGAAUUACUCAAGCCCCGCCUUGCGACGGAACAACUCGGGGGUAUUGCCAAAGAAAGCCUUGGUGACCGAUCGUCCAGCUACAAGCUCCGGAAAGAAGAAGACGGUCGGGUUUGAACUUGCGGAUUCAACAGACGAGGGCGAGUGGGAGGAUACGACACAGUCCCCUGAGAGUACCAGACGGAGUUCAGUUGCACAGUCUAGAGACGACAGCGACAGUCCGGUAGUGCUUAUUGAUCCGCUAACAUUUGUGAAGCGCCCUUAUCCUCAGUUUCCACGAGCUACUAGCCUUCCAGAACCCACGAGUAGGAGCUUCCACGACGACCAGUCGGAAGAAGAGCAGGAGGAGGAAGCGGAUGCCAACGCUGACGCCCACGAAAACGAACAGCAGCCACAGCAACAAAUUUCAGAUACGGAAGAACAUCAAGCAGAUGAUUUUACGCGCCAAGCUGACCCGGGAGACAUAGCAGCACGUCUUUUAAGGCCGUCGCAUUCGGCCAAGGCACUCCCCGCGAUGUCGUCGAUAUCUGCCACCGCCAUGCCUGCGCCGGUGGACACAGUGUCGAGAAACGCUUCGCUGACGAACUUGAAAUCCGGCCAAGACGGCUUACGACGGCCCAUCUCCUCAGCAAGUGUCGCGCAGGCCAGCACUCCAAUAUCACAGACCAACGCAACAUCCUCGUCUAUCGAAGGAGGCGUAUCGAGAUUCAUCGUAAACAAUAAGAUUGCAACGUCUCGCACCGAUUCAGACCCGAACACCCCAUCCUCUUUUCUUCCGCAUUAUCAUCCGCACACACCACCAUCACCCAAGGGCACGACUUCAAGGAAGACACGAGCAUCACCGUCCUCAAGACAGCCUGGGGCUGAACCUCAUUCUCGUACUCAGCAAAAGCUCUGGUUACAGCGUACAGCAGCAUUGAACACUUCACCACCUGACUCUCAUGGCCCGUCUACAAGCGUGUCUCCGUCGGCGAUGGAUGCGGCUUUUAUCAGUGGCGCUUCCCGGGUCGGACCUGGACCAUAUGACACUGCGAGAGCGCUUGUCAACGGAUCUACUAGGAACGGUGGGGCACUGCAUCAGAGCGAAGCGAAACAUAUCCGCAAGGCGUACGAAAAGACCGCUUUAGAGCUGACGGUUGUGCGAAGAUUUCAAUCGCCAACCGGUAAUAGCUUCAAUCGGUUAAACGCCAUCCUUCAGCACCCUAAGCCGGCUACGGGCCCAGAAUUGCGGAGUGGGCUCGGACAACCUGUCAAGUCGGCGCCUGCUUUGGUGCUUUUGCAACGAGGUGCAAAGGAACAAAACGGCCGGCCCCACAGCCAGAGCGGAAGCUUUGAUUCAAGACAACUCAUAGGACGGAGACAAGUCGAUGCGCAGAGUUCCGUUUCCCAGGCUUACAUCCAAGACCUCGAAGAUCCUCCACACCCCUCCCACCGUCUUUUGUCUACGUCUGAUGAAGCUGCACACGGCACUAAUGCGGUAGACGAUGACCAGGUGGAAGACUCAUUCUUACCAAGUGAGGCUGACAUGAUGAUUCGCCGCAUGUGGGAAAGCCGAGAAGUCGCAUCUUCUGGUUGA